AUGGUGGCUCCCGAUGUUGCUCUCGGGCCGGUCCUAUGGGAGUGCCUUGACUUGCCAGGAAAUGAUAAAUAUCUUGAUAAAGACAGUCCUUUGUCGAAAUGGCAACUCAACUCCCUCGAUCCAUUAUCUGCAGAUUAUGUAAGGACUCGGAGUGAGCGAGCCAGAGCACCAACACCCAUCGAGUAUAAUGAGCAUGUCUACGACUUGGUGGGUGUGAACGCUCAUCAUCAGUUAGUUUUACGAGACCAACGUGCUUUGCACAUGGACAUCCGUAUCGAAUGCUUCCCUGGCCGUGCUGCCGUGAUAGAUGGUGUGCAAUGGCAGGUCGACUAUCUCGAGGCCAUCGCAGAUCCGCUGGACUUCGCCGUACCGCCUCGGCUUAUUCUUCAUCUCAGAAGAUGGACACCAAAGGGUCAGAUUCACCAAUCGGUCAAUGAGCCAGACAAUCUCCGAGUGAUCUUCCCUGGCUCAAGGGGCGAGCAUACGCUUGGUCCAAUCAAGCACGGCAUUGUGCGUAUGCUUCCUUUGGCAUCUCGCCGACGAGUCCACAAGCCUUUGGCUCCAGGCAUGACGUUUGAGGCCCGUUUGCGUGGACGUGAGCUCUAUGGACCCUUUCAGAUCGAAGCCCAGAAAGAUGGCCAAUUGGUAGCUCGACACGUCUUGGACGGGUCCCGUGGCGUCAAGUUCACCGUCGAGCCCCAUGAGAUAGCGCCUUCAUACGUAAGGGUCAAUUGCCCCGAUUUUGGCGGUUGCUUCGAUAUCGACGCGUUUCUUUACUGUGAGGAUAAGCUUCGAUGUCGGGCUACAAGUGUCAAAGCCAUCAAAGCGAUGAGAUUAUCCACAAGCGAUCGCGAUCCCAUGUUUGGUACGCUACCACGAGGACCAUUACCACUUCUUACCAAUGGUUUGGACCAUCUUCUCAUCUUUGAGAAGUUCAUCCGGGAGUGCACAGUCCCUUCUCCAAAGACCCCUCAGCAACGCCGAUUGACAAUACUCAACCUGUCGAUGUGCGAUCAAGGCGACGCCAAGAUUGUAGUCGACGCGUUGGUUGACUUUCGAAAGCACAAUCCAGAUGCGAUGAUGUCUGCCGUGGUAUCGAAACUAGGACCUACGAUUUAUCAGGAUACACCAGCCUGCAGGGAGUAUGUCAAGCUUCUUGAGCGCAACCGAGUUCACAUCGAUAUGUUCACUGGCGUUGACGGUCCGACGCGCCAAGUCGUGCACGCCAAAGCGAUAGUCAUCGAUGACAGGACACUGUUCAGCACUGGUGCCAUUGUAGAUACCAAACCAAUUGAUAAGGCCGACUUUUCCAUCGAGCUUCCACCAACAGCAGCUAAAGUCUUCCAGAUCUACAUGCAAGAAGCAAUCCAUGAUGGCGUGGGUAACGAGCGUCGUGCUCAUCUUGGAUCACAGCUCGCUAGUCUGGGCGUCAUAAUAAACGACCCCAUCGCGAGUUUGGCCUACAUCAGUCGCGCGCAACAUACACUGCUACGCGGUGCUCGUCGCGAUCUACUUGUCAGCGUCUCCGAACUCGUUGAUCCUAAAAUCACCAAGCUGUUGGCGAGACGCGCUGCAAACGGUGUCACGGUAACGAUACAAGUCCGUGAAUUAGACGCGGUCUCAUCAAGAAUUCUUGCCCAAGCGACGCGACGCUACGGCGAGCGGCUGUCAGUGGAAGAUGUUAGCUGGUGGGAGCCGCGACCGCACUACAACGCGAUCAUUGCGGACGAUAGUCUCGCGUAUCUGGGCACGUCGUACUUCUGGCCAACGCAGAGAAAUAUGAUUCAUCAAGGGCGAUCGCUUGAAAAUGGGGUUUUGCUUGAAGGAGAGGCUGUCAAGGUUUUGAGGGAGCAACUGGAGGAAUUGCGCGAUCGCGCGUAUAAUUACAAGAAAAAAGGCGACAGCGAUCAAGCAUAG